AUGAUUGUGCUGUAUAAGAAUGUUCUGCUAUACCGGCAUGCAUAUAGCAGGAUAAUAACUGGUGAAUAUCGAAGUGUAUAUCUUACAAUACCAAAGCGGCAGAGUAAUAGACCGCGAUUUCCAUUUUUCAAUAAACAUAUGAAAGUGAUUGAUCCAGCUCGUCAAGAUCCGGAUCAUUUUGAAAAACUGGCACAUCAAGUAUCGCUUGAUGAACGAUAUGUGGAUACAUUAUCGCUUUUAUGGAAAGAAAAGAUAGGAAGCGAACGAGAAGUGUUGUUCAAAGGUGAUGAUCGAAUGAUUGGAAGAAAGCCACAAAAUUGGGUACCAGAAAUUGACGAGAAUUCACCCAAAGCUAAUUAUGCAGAACUGGACUGGGAGGGAAUACCGGAAUCGGUGAAAAAGAUUUUUAGCAUUAAAUUUGGCGAAAGGCGAGAUUACACAGAUGCUUGGAAAAAAGCUUUGAUUGACAAAGUACGAAAACACGAACUCGAUAUAAACUCAUUAGAAGUGAAAAUUGCUUGGACAACCGGUGUAAUACGUUCGUGGACCUUGCUAGUGAAGGAAAUAGAUAACAAACCAAAGAAGCCAGCUCAUAUCGUAUAUCCUCUUCACUUGAUGAUAGCAUUUCGUCGAAAACUCUUACGGCAAUUACGCGAAGUAGAUGCAGCAGCUUUCGAAAAGGUGCUAUCGGAAUUAAAAAUCGCUUAUCAUGUGCCGAAACGUCCGGAGGAGCAGGUUGAAAAAAGGCGAAAAGCUUGGGUGGAAGCCCUCUUGAAGGAAAGAAUUGCAAUGGAAAAAGAUAUUCAAAUGGAGGAGUUAAACAAGAAAUAUAUCGCUGAACGGAUACAAUGUGGACCUGAAAUAAAAAAGCGUCUAGAAGAAUUGGACGUUGAAGAAUCGAAAAUCCAUGCACGUCUAAAAGAACUUGCAAGGAUUCAAGGAGAAAUGCCAGAGAAAUUGCCAAAAUAUCAACCGAAAUUGAUAGAAGAAUUAUCGGAAAUAGCAGCUCAUGCAAUUUUAUAUCAUCGUCCCUAUGAUUCUCAGCGAAAGAAUAGAUUGCUAGACGCAUAA